AGGAUUUUAUUCGCUCGUUCAUAGCGAGUAAUUCUAACUAGCCAUGUGUAAGGUUUUUGAAACUAGGUGAUGUAAUUUUAUUGGUAGUAGUAUGAUACAGAUAUCAGCGUAAUUUACAUUAAUUUUUUAUUUUUUCACAAAUGAAGCGAGGAAAGUGGUCUAAAUUUCUCCCAGGAUAGCAAUGGAUAAUAACUGCAGAGACUCGGAAGAAAAGCAUGGCAUGGUACAAGAUUUUAUUUUGGAAGAAAGAGCCCGAGCUCUCGUGGGUAAAUGCAAAUAUUAUGAAGCCUCGUCUCUGCUUGAUAAUCUUCGUGAUGUGGACAGUGCAGAUUUGGAUUUAAAACUUCUAAUGGCAGAAUGUUAUUUACAAUUGGGAAGAGAAAAUAAAGCAGAGAAAAUAGAAGGAAGCAUCAGAAAAUAUUUUAUUGGAUCAGGAUUGGAUGUUAUGGAUGAGAUUAUUGCCAUCGUCGAUGUAUUAACUGCUGGUCAAGCCAUACUUUUGCUUCGCAUUGCCUGUGAUAUAGUAUUUGCUUCUGCAAAGUCCCCCGAUGAAGUGAUAGAAGGGGUGUACCGCUGCAUCGAUAAAAUGAGAACGUUUAUUAGAAAACUCCUAGACUCACAAGGCUUGUCAUCCCAGUCGGUAGAGGGUUUAAUUGGGCAACUACAGCAGCUACAAGGACAACUUUCAAAUUUAUUAAGGCCUUUAAAAGCAUUGAACUCGAUCGAUUCAUUGUCAGAAAGCAACCAAAAACCUAUGAAUCCAGAUUCGACCCGUCUCCAAGUCAUUGGAUUAGAUUUCGGCGUUGAUUAUAUGAUUGAAAUGCUAAACAAAUUACUCGGAAUAGAAGUUGAGAAUACGGAGAAAAAAGCUAUCAAAUUAGCUUGGAUUUGCAGUCAUAUUGGCUAUAAUCUUGCCAUUAUCAAUGACAACACACGUAGCAUUAACUUUCGUAAACGUGGUGUCAGUAUACUUGAGUCUGAAUUCAGAGAGCAUGCAAACAAACAUAACGUGUAUGGUGUUUUGCUACAUAAUAUUGGAAUUGUGCUUGCAAAUUCUGGAAGACGUGACGAAGCUGAAUACUUCUACAUUGAAGCUAUAAAAGCUAAAGAGACAGCUGUUGAUUAUAGCGACACGAAUGAGCAGCAGAAAGAUAUCAAAUUGUCAAGAGAUGCUUUAACACGCGUGCGCUCAAGGCCCAUUUAAAAGCAAUGUUCAGCCAAACGACGACAUAUUCAACAUUUUCUCACUUGUUAAACUUACCAAAAACUUUGUUAUCUGCCCAUCGGCCCCAUUAAAUUGAGUCAAUUUGAGGUAACUUUAAAUUAGGAAUUUGUCACAACAUUUAUAGAAUAUUUGACUUUGCCAUCUUAUAUAUAAGUAACAUUUGGUAAAUGAUGGGUACGAUUCCCAAAACAGUUGCAGAUUGGCAUUAACUUUGCAUAUAUAAGUCAAAAACCAGUUUACCACGUUUCGUAGGAGGUACAAAAUACAAAUCAUACACAUUUAGUACUUGAGCACAUAGGUUUUCCAGGUGCAAAAAACAGACAAACGAAAAAUUCCGCUCCAGAGAUGGAGCAUCUCUCCGAGCAUUCAAUAUGUUUGCUAAUCAAAGUAACAGAUCCCAUAUUUUUCCUAUCAUCGACGCUGCUCGAUCUGUUGCGAUGUCAAUAAGAUGUUUCACAUUAAGUUUAUGAUCUUCCAAGAAUUCCAUCGCAGCUGUUUUUUCUUGUUGUUGUAGUUUUUAAACUCAGAAAGUAGAAGAUUUUUCCCGUCACUUUCAUUUGGCAAGUUGAGAUUCAUCGACUAUAUCUGUUGACUAAUCAAAUGCCAGAGUGAAAUAAACAAACGUUUGUGUGCUUAUUUUGGUGUGAAAGACUA